AUGGUCCACUCUCGCUGUGGCUCUGUGUGCUCCAAGCAGAGCUGUGAAGAGUCCUGCUGCUGUCGGCCCCAGUGCUGCCAGUCUGUGUGCUGCCGGCCCAGCUGCUGCAUCUCCAGCUGCUGCCGCCCCAGCUGUGGCUCCAGCUGUUGCAGGCCCAGCUGCUGCAUCUCCAGCUGCUGCCGCCCCAACUGUGUUUCCAGCUGUUGCAGGCCCAGCUGCUGCAUCUCCAGCUGCUGCCGCCCAGCUGUCUGUGUUUCCAGCUGUUGCAGGCCCAGCUGCUGCAUCUCCAGCUGCUGCCGCCCCAGCUGUGUUUCCAGCUGUUGCAGGCCCAGCUGCUGCAUCUCCAGCUGCUGCCGCCCCAGCUGUGUUUCCAGCUGUUGCAGGCCCAGCUGCUGCAUCUCCAGCUGCUGCCGCCCCAGUUGUGUUUCCAGCUGCUGCAGGCCCACUUGCUGCAUCUCCAGUUGCUGCCGCCCUAGCUGUGGUUCCAGCUGUUGCAGGCCCAGCUGCUCCAUCUCUAGCUGCUACCAGACCACCUGCUGCAAGACCACCUGCUGCAGACCCAGCUGCUGUGUGUCCAGCUGUUGCCGCCCAGCCUGCUCCAGUGCUUCUUGCUGCUAA